AUGGCGGAAGCAAGGAGAAACUGGAAACUAUCAGAAUGCAUAGAAAGAACUAGUACCCACUGCAGAAUCUUGCUGCCUCCAAGCUCCUGCUGUGUUGAUGGCGGUAUCCUGCAGGGGAAGCUGGCACCCUUCAUCACAGAGCUAAGCACAGUUCUUAUCCAAGAAUCAGAGAAACUUGGGAGACAGAAAAGCAGCAGAAAGCUGGAGCGAUGCUCAGGCUUCACAGGAACCAGAAAGCAAGCACGGUCCCCAAACAGGUUCCCCAUACAGGACAGCCACCGGGGACAGCACCAGAUGUGGAAACAGAGGCGCGUGGCCACACCUGUUGUUGUGGGAGGGCUGUCACAGUUGGGGAGCGGUACCUUCAAAAACAUGCAGCGCCGGCACACAACACUGAGGGAAAAGGGCCGCCGCCAGGCCAUCCGGGGUCCCGCCUACAUGUUCAACGAGAAGGGCACCAGCCUGACGCCCGAGGAGGAGCGCUUCCUGGACUCGGCGGAGUAUGGCAACAUCCCUGUGGUCAGGAAAAUGCUGGAGGAGUCCAAGACCCUCAACUUCAACUGCGUGGACUACAUGGGGCAAAACGCGCUGCAGCUGGCCGUGGGCAACGAACAUCUGGAGGUCACAGAGCUGCUGCUCAAGAAGGAGAACCUGGCGCGGGUGGGGGACGCGCUGCUGCUAGCCAUCAGCAAGGGCUAUGUGCGCAUCGUGGAGGCCAUCCUCAACCACCCGGCCUUCGCGCAGGGCCAGCGACUGACCCUCAGCCCACUGGAGCAGGAGCUGCGCGACGAUGACUUCUACGCCUACGAUGAGGACGGCACGCGCUUCUCCCACGACAUCACACCCAUCAUCCUGGCAGCUCACUGCCAGGAGUAUGAGAUCGUGCACAUCCUCCUGCUCAAGGGUGCCCGCAUUGAGCGGCCACACGACUACUUCUGCAAGUGCAAUGAGUGCACCGAGAAGCAGCGGAAGGACUCGUUCAGCCACUCGCGCUCCCGCAUGAAUGCCUACAAGGGACUGGCCAGUGCUGCCUACUUGUCUCUGUCCAGUGAAGACCCUGUCCUCACCGCGCUGGAGCUAAGCAACGAAUUGGCCAGACUAGCCAACAUUGAGACUGAAUUCAAGAACGAUUACAGGAAGUUAUCUAUGCAAUGCAAGGAUUUUGUGGUGGGCGUGCUGGACCUAUGCCGAGACACGGAAGAGGUGGAAGCGAUUUUAAAUGGCGAUGUGAACUUCCAAGUCUGGUCCGACCACCACCGUCCAAGCCUGAGCCGCAUCAAACUCGCCAUUAAAUACGAAGUCAAGAAGUUCGUUGCUCAUCCUAACUGUCAGCAGCAAUUGCUUACCAUGUGGUAUGAAAAUCUCUCAGGCUUACGUCAACAGUCUAUCGCUGUGAAAUUCCUGGCUGUCUUUGGAGUCUCCCUAGGCCUCCCUUUUCUCGCCAUAGCCUAUUGGAUUGCUCCGUGCAGCAAGCUAGGAAGAACCCUGAGGAGCCCCUUCAUGAAAUUUGUCGCCCAUGCAGUUUCUUUUACAAUCUUUUUGGGAUUGCUAGUUGUGAAUGCAUCAGACCGCUUUGAAGGCGUUAAAAACCUGCCCAACGAAACCUUCACAGACCACCCGAAACAGAUCUUCAGAGUGAAAACCACACAAUUCUCCUGGACAGAAAUGCUCAUCAUGAAGUGGGUCUUAGGAAUGAUUUGGUCCGAAUGCAAGGAAAUCUGGGAGGAGGGGCCACGCGAGUACGUGCUGCACCUGUGGAACCUGCUGGAUUUCGGGAUGCUGUCCAUCUUCGUGGCAUCCUUCACCGCCAGGUUCAUGGCCUUCCUGAAGGCCAGCGAGGCCCAGCUGUAUGUGGACCAGCACGUGCAGGACGACACGCUGCACAAUGUCUCACUUCCGCCGGAAGUUGCCUACUUCACUUAUGCCAGGGACAAGUGGUGGCCUUCAGACCCUCAGAUCAUAUCAGAAGGGCUGUAUGCGAUUGCUGUCGUGCUCAGCUUCUCUCGAAUCGCGUACAUCUUGCCAGCCAACGAAAGUUUUGGACCCCUGCAGAUCUCCCUGGGGAGGACCGUGAAAGAUAUCUUCAAGUUCAUGGUCAUUUUCAUCAUGGUAUUUGUGGCCUUCAUGAUUGGGAUGUUCAAUCUCUACUCCUACUACCGAGGUGCGAAGUACAACCCAGCCUUUACAACGGUUGAAGAAAGUUUUAAAACCUUAUUCUGGUCCAUCUUUGGCUUGUCUGAAGUGAUCUCGGUGGUGCUGAAAUACGACCACAAGUUCAUCGAGAACAUCGGCUACGUCCUCUACGGCGUCUACAACGUCACCAUGGUCGUAGUGCUGCUCAAUAUGCUCAUAGCCAUGAUCAACAACUCGUAUCAGGAGAUUGAGGAGGAUGCAGAUGUGGAGUGGAAAUUUGCCCGAGCAAAGCUCUGGCUGUCUUACUUUGAUGAAGGAAGAACUCUUCCUGCUCCUUUCAAUCUAGUGCCAAGUCCUAAAUCAUUUUAUUAUCUCAUAAUGAGAAUCAAGAUGUGCCUCAUCAAACUCUGUAAAUCCAAGGCCAAAAGCUGUGAAAAUGACCUUGAAAUGGGCAUGCUGAAUUCCAAAUUCAGGAAGACUCGCUACCAGGCUGGGAUGAGGAAUUCUGAAAACCUGACAGCAAAUAACAGUUUCAGCAAGCCCACCCGAUAUCAGAAAAUCAUGAAGCGGCUCAUAAAGAGAUAUGUCCUGAAAGCCCAGGUGGAUAGAGAAAGUGACGAAGUCAAUGAAGGUGAACUGAAGGAAAUCAAGCAAGAUAUCUCCAGCCUGCGCUAUGAGCUUCUGGAAGAGAAAUCUCAAGCUACUGGGGAGCUGGCAGACCUGAUCCAACAGCUCAGCGAGAAAUUUGGAAAGAAUUUAAACAAAGACCACCUGAGGGUGAACAAGGGCAAAGACAUUUAG